AUGCGGAUUUUCAGAACCCCUAAACUCUUGAAUAGAAUAAAGUGGACACGUGACAAUGAAAAAGACGAUUCGCCGCCCAAAGAGCCAGCAAAAACAUUGAAAAUGGUAGAAAGAGAACAAAUAAAGCAAGGACAAGAGCCGUUGAUGGAAAUGAUGAAGCAACUAAUGGAAGAAAUGAAACAACUGAGAGAAGAAAAUGGACGGGUAAAAAAAGAAUUACAGACAAUAAAUGAAAUAGGAAGAAAAGAAUGGAAAGAAAAGGAGAGAAACUUCGAAGAAAGAAUCAAUAAUUUAGAGAAGAAGUUGGAAAAAAAAGAAAAGCAAAAAAGAAGGUUAGACGCUUUGGGAGAAAAAACAAGAGAAAAACGCAAGGGUAGAGCAAAAGGUGGAAUCAUAACAGGAGUGAAGAAAGAUAUAAAAGAAAUAGAAGAGGGGGCGAUAGAAAUCGAAGGCAUGGUUGAAAGAAAACCGACUCAAGAAGAAGAAGAAAAAAUUAAAGCCAUAAGAACUGAGCAAGAGGCAUGGCAGUAUAUAAAUAAAGAACGGAAGAACAAAAUCACGAUUAGUGAAGACAUACCUAUAAUACAGUGGAAGAAAUAUUUUAUGGAACUGUUGAAUGGAAAGGAAGAGAGAAUUGUAGUGAAAGAUAGUAAAACCGGGAAUGGUGGUAGAGAAAGGGAGGCUGAGAUUCGAGUAGAAGAAGUAGGGAAACAAGUAGGAAGACUGAAAAGAAGAAAAGCACCGGGGAGGGAUGGGUUGGUAAACGAAGUGUGA